AUGCCCAGGAACGGAUCAAGAAAUUUUAUAACAGAAGAAAAACCUUCUUCAUACAAUGAUACUUUAGACCAAUCAGCUUUACCAAACUUACAUUCGAACUGGGUAAAUUAUAAAGAAAUUGAAAAUAAAACCUUUGCUCAACACGUGCAAACACUUCAAAAAAUAGAACCUCCAAAAACAGCUAUUUAUCAUGCCCUAUCAACCGAUUUACCCAUACCUAAUCUUUUAGAAGUUUUUCAGAAUUCUGCUAAAAAAAUUGACAACUGGUUGGAAUAUGCUAAUGUUACUAUACUUGCAUUAGACUUUGAUAUAAAGGAAGGUAUUAAUGUGAAAAAUGUCAAUGAAAUGGACUUACUAAUACUUCAAUAUGCUUCUAAUAUUGACUUAUUACAAGAACUUUUACAAUCAACUUUAUCAAAACUAAACAGUGAUGACGAUCAAAAUUAUAAGGAUAUUAAAGCUACUUUCGAUAGAAUAAAUUCAGAUUGGUUAGAAGAACAAAGACAUAGUGGUGGUUUUGGUGAUAAUAACAAUAAUAGCGAUUUAUUCCCUUUUCCUAGACUAAGUUCAAAUCCUAAUGGUAUAUUGGAAAAAAAAUUUAAUACGUUGAAUAAAAAAUGGGAGUCUUUGAAAAAUGAAAUGACAUCAAUAAGAGAAGAGUUGAAGGAGGAUAAAUGGUCAGGUCUUUUUAAACAAGUUGCGGGUAAUGCUAAUCAAAUGAUGGAUUCGCUUGAAAGAUCUGUUAAACAAUGUAAAGAUUUUAUGUACAGAGCCAUUAACAGAUCAGAUUCUCCAAGAUAUCCACAACGAAAUAAUAAUCAAAGAUCUUAUUCAAGUGAUUCUCUUCAUCAUCUUCAACAACAAAAUAAUAUACAACCACAAGUAGCAAUAAAUCCUAAAAAUUAUCAAAGGCUUUAUAAAAAUUUUGAUGCUAAACGAAAAUAUUAUGUGCCAGCUGUUACAAAACUUUUAACCAUGCUUGCUAAUGGUAUUAAUAAUCAAAUGACACAAGAUCCAGAAUCGAUUGAUAAAUACAAUGCGAUGAAAGAAAGAUGGGAUAAUAUACUUGAUGGUGUUGCGGAUGUUCAGCGAGACAUGCCCACUCUAGAAUAUAUGUUAGAUGCUUCAUUGACCUCAAGUACCUCCCCCCCUUCCUCAAUACCCUCCUCGAUAGCUUCAUCACCGCCAAUUUCUCCUAACAUGAGGCCAACAGUUAGGUCCUCCAGGUUUUCACCUGAACUAUUACCGAACUCACCAUCAAGAAAUUAUCGGUCUGUAUCCCCUUAUAGAACAGUCAUAUCCCCUUCAGAAUAUGAUCGUUCUUUAUCACCUCCCACAACUAGUCCAUCAAUAGCCAAAGCAGUACCUCCUGGUGGUGAACACAGCUCUGAUAUGCAUUUUGUUAGAAUGUUCAUGGAAGUCCUUUGA